AUGGCCAAUUCCUACGUUAAGACUGCAGUCUCUUCGCUGUUGUUGGCGGCUACCAGCCAAGCCGCCGUUCUGGCCCCUGUUAACGACAUUGUGUUCCCAGCCAGUGACAGCGUCCAAAAUCCACUGCAGUACUCUGGUGGUAACACACCAUGGUUUGCUGGUCCUAAUGUCAAUGGCGUUGAUAACACCGUCCCUGACAAGUGUACUGUGCAACAGGCUGCCUAUAUUGUGAGACACGGUAGUCGAUUCCCCGAUUCGGGUUCUUACGACUCAUGGGUCGGCAUCUACGACAAGAUUCAAACUGCUGUGAAUGGCCAUGGAUUUGAAGCUCGUGGUGCUCUCUCGUUCAUUGCGGAUUGGCACACUGUCUUGACCAACACCAAUUUGCAAAUGUCAUCUGAGUCCAUGACAGGUUGGAAGGAGGCCGGUGACCUUGGUUAUCAACUCAGAGCUCGCUACCCCGAUUUCUACGAGGAUGGUAACCCAUUCUACGUCUGGGCCAACCAGUACAAGUACCCCAUCAACGAGUCCCGAGUUGUUCAAACUGCUCGUUCUUUUGUCAACGGCUACUUGUAUGAGUUUGCCGACACCUACGGCAGCGUUGUCAGUGUGAACUCCACUGGCUCUGUCAGCGCCAUCGGUAACUCCCUGGGUCCAUCUGACUCAUGCCCGACCUUUGCAAGCACCUCAAGUGGCGGUGACAACGUAACUGACUGGGAUGCUACCUGGGCCCCAGCGACUGUGAAGCGACUCAACGCACUGGUUAGCGGCAACCUGACCUUCGAUGAGACCGACAUCACUUUCUUCCCUUACAUGUGUGCCUAUGAGAGCCAGAUCCUUGGUAAUCUCAGCCCCUGGUGCAAUGUCUUCAACCAGGAGGAGUUGGAAAAAUAUGCUUAUUCCCAGGAUUUGAGUUACUACUACGAUGUUGGCCCUGGUGCCGAUGGACCCGCUAAGAUUCUCUUCUUGCCUUUCCUGAACAGUCUGAUGAGCCUGCUCAAGGAGGGUCCGGGUCAGACCGGAAAGGCUGCUGAUGGAGGUAGUUUCACUGUUCCUAACCUGAUCAUGGCUUUCUUGAACGAUAAUCAGAUUGCCGAGAUGACCGCCGCCAUGGGUAUCUUUGAUAACGAGGCCCCUCUCCCCGAUACCCACAUCCCCACUAACCACUUGUACAAUGUGGCCCACUGGAUUACCAUGCGCGGUACUGUCGCCUUUGAGGCUUUGAACUGUGAAGUUGAGUCGGGAAAGAAGUCCACCAACGAGACCUAUAUCCGAGUUCUGUUCAACGAUGCUGUGUACCCGAUCGUUAGCUGCCAGAAUGGACCUGGCAAGAGCUGUCUUCUGUCCGAGUAUGCUACUUUCAUCGAGGAGAAGAACAAGAAGGCUGGUAACUUCAUUGAUUACUGCAAUGUUACCGAGGCCGGUCACCCCGAGACUGUCGCUGGAGCUAGCUUCUUCACUGAUUUGUCCCUGGACUUCUUGACCUUCGUUAACCCUUGA